AAUUAGAUGGGCCAGGAGGUAGCUCGGUUACUCACUUUGUACCGGAUGCAACCGUAAGAUCCAAUCUGCCGGUGGCCGCCGGCGAGAUGGACCUGCCGGCGAACCGCGGUCGGUGGCGCAGGCGGAGCGCACGGUCGCAUGUGCCGCUACUCGUGGCCAUCUUUUUCCUCCUCCUCCCGGCAUCCCUCCUGCUCUCCUCCGCCUACUCCUCCCUGCUCCGCUCCCUCCUCCCCUUCUCCGCCUCCGCCCCCGGCAGUGGCGGCGGCGGCACCCUGCGGUGUGGGCGCUCGGCGGAGCUGGAGGGGGAGAGGUUCCUGUGGUACGCCCCGCACAGCGGGUUCAGCAACCAGGUGGGCGAGCUGCGGAACGCUGCGGUAGCGGCCGCGCUGCUCAACCGCACCCUCGUCGUGCCCCCCGUGCUCGACCACCACGCCGUCGCCCUCGGGAGCUGCCCCAAGUUCAGGGUCGCCGAACCCUCCGAUCUCCGAGCCGCCGUCUGGGACCACGCCAUGCAGCUCCUCCGGGAGCAGAGGUAUGUUUCGAUGGGAGACAUAGUUGAUCUGUCCCCACUGAAGCCUUUGGUUAAGACAAUUGAUUUCAGGGUAUUUGUUUCACUAUGGUGCGGUGUAGAUAUGCAGAAAACUUGCUUUUCUGGGUUGUGCUGUUCUGUUUCUGGCGGUGGAUCAUUGCCAAGUGACUACGAUAGAUGCCGAUCUUUACUGUCUGGUUUAGAAGGCAGUGAAAGUGGUGGUUGUGUGUAUCCUGUUCAGGAUGAUUGUAGAACAACAGUCUGGACAUAUCAGGAGAAUAAUGAUGGAGCACUGGAUUCGUUUCAACCAGAUGAAGAAUUAAAAAGGAAGAAGAAGAUAUCAUACGUUAGGAGGCGUAAAGAUAUAUACAAGAGUUUAGGGCCUGGUAAUAAAGCUGAGGAUGCUACCUUGUUGGCCUUCGGGACACUUUUUUCAGCACCAUACAAGGGAUCAGAGUCUUAUUUUGAUAUCCAUGAAUCACCAAAGGAUCAUAGAUUACAGAAUCUACUUGAGAAAAUUGAGUUCCUUCCUUUUGCCCCAGAGAUCAUGGCUGCAGGGACGGAGCUUGCUAAGAGCAAGAUUAAGGAGCCUUUUCUUUGCGCACAACUAAGAUUGUUAGAUGGCCAAUUUAAGAAUCACUGGAAAUCUACCUUUUCUGCCCUUAAGGAGAAACUGAAAUCUCUUGAGGUGGAAAUGAAGACAAACAAGAACAGUGGUUCUGUUCACAUUUUCCUCAUGACUGAUCUUCCCAGAGCAAACUGGACAAAAACCUAUCUCGCAGAUAUUGCAAAAGAUGGGAAAUAUCAACUGUACAUCCUGAAGGAAGAUGAUGUUCUGCAGACUGCCGAGAAGCUUAUGGCUGCUGAACAUGGCAUAAGGUCUGGAUUCCUUCCAAAGAUCAGAGGCAACACGAACAAGGAUUGUGAUCCAGUUCAACUACCGGAAAUUUUAUUAUACAUCGAAGAAUCUGUUUGCAGCUGUGCAUCACUCGGAUUUGUGGGGACUGCUGGAUCAACCAUAGCAGGAAGUAUAGAAACAAUGAGGAAGAACAAUGUGUGCAAAUUGUAGGAGAACUACAUUAUUUGUGCAAGCUGCCACAAAACUAACCGAUGCUACUUAAUGAGUUAAUUCAGUGGGGGCUGUUGCACUACAGAGAGCUGAAUCAUUGCAGACUAGAGACUGAGAAACCAGUUUCAUGCUCAGGUUCUACGACUCUACAAUGUUGAGCAUCUACUGCGGUAUAUUAAAAUUCAAACCACUCUCUCUUUUCCUUUGUUUCAGUCGCGUAGAUAGACAAGGCUCAUUGUUUGCAAGCUGUGCCUAAAUUAUGUUGCGUUUCAUCCUCCAAUUUUGUCAUGACAGGCAAGGACAGAGAUAGCUUGUGUAGACGACUGUCGGAAUCAAACAGAUUUCAUGGGCUCUCUUCUUGUUACAGAUUCAUCAUCCAUGCAUGUCCUUGUUUAGCAAGUUUUUUUUAAUAAGGAAAUGAGUGAAAAAAACUAACUAUUUGUGUAUAUCUAACUGUACUGUAAUGCACAACUUACAGUGAUAAACAAGCUGUAGUAUUCCCAGAAGCUUGGCUUAGCUAGAAAUCAUCAUUUGCUAGUGAGUUAUUUCUAUCAAUAGAAACUUCUACCCCUUGAUGCUGCAUCUCACACAUAAUUAUACACUUAUAUUUUGACUGUUGAUCAAA